AAUACAUGAAGAGUUUGGGGUCUUCUGUCAUUGAAAUAAUCAAAGCCAAGAAUAAGCGUGAAAUGUUGGAGCAAAAAAUGGACGACCUACUGAGUCAUCAGAGACAAUUUGUCGAAAAUAAUCGUCGGUCCUUAGAACAGAAAAUAAAAGAAAAGGAAAAGGAAAUGGAGGAAAAAAACCUUCUUCGCUGCCAGUCUGAUCAAAAAUCUCAAGAAAUCCAUCAGCUGCAAGAAGAACUGAAAACAGCUAAACAGUUUCUGAAGGAGACCCAGAAUUAUGCGGAAGAGAUGAAAAGUGCUGAUGAGGUUGCCAUCUACCUACAUUCACUGACCCAGGACAACGAGCCAGAGUAUGAGCCAGACGGACUCCCAGAGGUGGUCAGAAAAGGCUUUGCUGAUAUUCCUACUGGGAAAACCAACCCCUGUGUUUUGUGCAGAACAGCGCUAAACCUAAAGACCAGUGCCCGUCUUGCUGCUCAAAGCCAAAAUUUGUCACCAUAUGGCCAACGUUUACAAAAAGGCAGGUCAGCUAAUUUUGCCAAGAUCUCUAAACUGACAGCUGGUGGCAGCAAAUCACCAAAGGUAGAUGAUACUCAGCAGUGCCAAGCAGAAACAGCUAUUGAACCCAUGGAAUCUAUUUAA